GAAGAGAAAAUAUAUUGACGGAGGAAAAGAAGAAUAUCUUUGAGUCAUAUGUCAUUCCCAAAGCCCUUAAAAUGCACUCUGAUCGACUUUUUGUUAAACCCUUGAGGAUCAGCUUGGUUGUGCCGGAUCCUGUGUAUGGAAUUUGCACUGAAUUUACGAUUCCGCGUGAACACCACACGAAAGGUGUGCCUAAUACCGACAUGGUUAUUUACGCCGGUGCUGCACCCGUGACUGGGGCAGCGGCGUGGGCAGGGCCGUGCCUCACAUUGCGGGAUGGUCGUCCAUUUGUUGCUGUGUUGAACUAUGAUCCUCGGACCCUUGUUCGUGAUGAUGCGACAGUGCGCCAAACCGCACACGAGGUUGCACAUGCUCUUGGAUUUGGCUACGAGAUAAUGGAACCACUCGGUAUGGUGAGCAAGAUCCCUAAUGUGCGCGGCAAGGAAUUUGUGACGGUUGUGAGUUCUGCAAUAACGAAGGAGAAGACGCGGGAACACUACAACUGCCCUACCGCUCCGGGCAUGGAGCUGGAGGACGAGGGUUAUGGGGGGACAGCGGGAUCCCACUGGGAACGUCGCAAUGCGUUGGAUGAGUUGAUGGCAGGCAUUUCAGGGGCCUCUCUCUACACAUCACUGACAAUGUCGGCUUUUGAGAGUAUGGGAUUUUAUCGCGCCAAUUGGGGAAUGGAGGAAGACAUGGCCUGGGGCAGGGAUGCCGGCUGCGCCCUGUUGGAAAGGAAGUGCAUAGAAAACGGCGUCAGCGUCGUCCCGGACAUGUUUUGCACCAAUGCCACUCCGCCGGGUCAGUUGCUUUGCACCGCUAGCCGUCGAGGUCUUGGGUCCUGUGGCCUGUAUACUUAUUCCCAGAGCCUUCCUAUUCAUUUUCAGUACUUUUCCGAUUCCAAAGCGGGGGGCGGGAAUGAUUAUGUAGACUUUUGCCCUUAUAUUCACCAGUUUAGCAACACUGGAUGCAUCGACGGUGAUCCAAAAGUUAUGCGCGGAAGCUACGUCGGACCGAAUUCACGGUGCGUGAAGGGCGACUCCCUUGAAACGUUGCAAUAUCCUGUUGGCGACAUCUGCGUCGAUACUUUGUGCGAGAAUGGGGUAGUGAAAGUGCGUUAUCUUGGUUCUGAGGCAUGGGAACCGUGUCCUGAGGGUGGCCACAUCACUCCGAACGCGACAUUUUACAAGGGUCGAAUUAUUUGCCCGCGACAUGCGGAUGUGUGCUCGCGACGUAAAAUUAAAGUCAAUGGCUUAAAAGACAGCUGUGUGGUUGCCGCAUUUGGUGUGCCUCUUUCGUUUCUUAUUGCUCUUCUAUGUGUUUUGGCCGUGAUGAUGUUCCCUUGA